GGCCUUACCCGCGUGCUUUCAUGCGGGACGCUCUUCAGGAAGGUGUUACACGGGGGAGGCUCUUUGGCCGCGGACGCCCAAGCGGAAGUUGUUUUCCUAGCGGAGACGGCGGUGGGGGUGGAGUCGUCCGAGGGGAACGUGGGUUGAACGUUACGGGUAGGUGGUGUGGAGCUCAAGCUGGAACAGGAGUUCGGACCGAUUCUACACGAAGAAGGGGUGUGCUUCGGGCCGGAUUCAUUGAAAAAUCCUUAGUGAUAUUGACAUGUUCCAAGUGACAUAAAUUAGCCAAUGACUCGGAUUGAUGGAGUCUCUGAAGAUUGGAAAUGGUUUGCCACGGGUUGGACCGGGGACUGAUAUAGGGAUAUCUUCACUCCCCAAGCUGGGGUACUUGGGAAAAAAUUAUGAUUCAGCUAAAGUUACAACAGAUGGGCAUUGCCCUGCUUGUAGAGCAAAAGGAAAGCUAAACACCUUAAAAACUUACCAAAUUAACUUCCAAGAAUCUAUCUUUUUGUGCGAGGAUCUUCAGUGCAUUUAUCCUUUGGGCUCUGAAUCCCUUACUAAUUUAAUUUCUCCUGAUUCGGGAGAUUGUCACACUCAAAGUAAACCUCAAAAAAGAAAACGAUUGGAAACCAACGCUAAGUCUUCACUUACUCCACUGCAUUCUAAAAAGGCUAGAAAUCACGUUGUCACUGAUGGGGAACAGAUUUUGAAUGCUAAAUACAAUGGAAAAGUGUGUGGUGAUACCUCAUCAAACUUACCAGAUAACACUGGUCACCAGAAUCAUGUCAGGACAGUUGCUUCCUCGGAGCAGAAGGAGACUUUGGAAGUUGAUACCAUGGACGUGGCUACCACAGAAGAUCCUGCCACAGUUAGUGUCUCUGGAAUGCUUCUCCAGAGUAAAGGAUCUGACCUGGAAAUGCCAUCUGAGAGCAGAUGUUUACCGUUUUGCCAGACUCUCUGUGUCCAGUGGAAAAACUCUCAGGCACUCUGCUGGCUAGACUGCAUCCUCUCAGCCCUAGUGCACCUGGAGGUGCUGAGGAACACUGUCAUGGAGGUGUGCUCCAGAGAGGAGUGUGUGUUUGGGAGGCUGUUUGAAACAUACCAGCAAGCAGAUAAGCUUCUGUACACCCAUCACUUGCAUGGUGUCAAAGGUGAAGAUUGUAAAAAACUGAGAUCAGAAAUACUUGCAGAAAUAGAGACCUCUCUGAAUGGAGUUAGAGAUGAAAUUUUUAUUAAACUUCAGCCUAAGCUUAGAUGCACAUUAGGUGAGAUGGAAAGUCCUGUGUUUGCAUUUCCUGCACUGUUAAAACUAGAACCUCAUGUUGAAAAGCUUUUUACAUAUUCUUUUUCUUGGAACUUUGAAUGUUCCCAUUGUGGACACCAGUAUCAAAACAGGUGUUUGAAGAAUCUGGUCACCUUUACAAAUGUUGUUCCUGAGUGGCAUCCACUCAAUGCUGCCCAUUUUGGUCCAUGUAACAGUUGCAACAGUAAAUCACAAAUAAGGAAAAUGGUAUUGGAAAGAGCAUCGCCCAUAUUCAUGCUGCACUUCGUGGAAGGCUUACCUCGGAAGGAUUUGCAGCACUAUGCAUUUCAUUUCGAAGGUAGUCUUUAUCAAGUCACAUGUGUAAUACAGUACCAAGCAAAUAACCAUUUUAUAACAUGGAUUAUAGAUGCUGAUGGCAGUUGGCUGGAGUGUGAUGACUUAAAGGGUUCCUGUGCUAAAAGGCACAUGACAUUCGAAGUGCCAGCAUCAGAGAUACAUAUUGUUGUUUGGGAAAGAAAGUCCCAAGUACCAACUGAAGAAGCUGCCUGCCUUCCAUGCACAAAGUCGAGUGCACAGCCUGAGUCAGGUGAGGAGCAGCCAGCUUCGCCAACACUGUGUUCUGUGGGUGGGGCUGCCACCUCAGAACCCUCAGUCGCCAGCCCCACAUAUACGCCAGUCGCUCCUCAGACUCUUCCAGAAGUCCAAGCUGUAGCUCAUGGAGAUAGUGUACUUUCAGGAGCAAAAGGCUUCGUUGAAGCUGCCUCUGUUUUUCAGGUUGACUUCAAAGAUUGCCUAUUGGAAGAUAAACCUGUGGCAGAAAGUGCGGAACUUGUCAGAGCACUUUCUUUGCGACCAAAAGACUCACUGAUGACUUCCUUACUGUCUAACCCAUAUGAAGGAAAGCUAGUCGCCCCACCAGUUGUGAGCACAGACCCGGAGGCAGUACCGUCACAGGCAGGAGACACUGUAGUUCCUAACCCUGUGACUGAUGCCCCUGUUCCUGUUCCUGUUCAGGAGUUGAAGUCCAUGGUAGCUGAGAAGGACACUCAGAUACAGUUGCUGUCACAACCUGCCAAAUCUCAGGCAUCUAAUUUGAGAAAAAGAGAAACUGCAGCGUCUUCUAAAACGGUAACAACCAGCUCAUUACAGACUCAGCCUCGGAAAGACGAUCAGAAGAAAGCUUUCGUGGGAAGUUGGGUGAAAGGGCUGUUAAGCAGGGGUGGUGCAUUUAUGCCACCCUGUGUUUUGGCUCAGAAUAGAGCGGUAACUGACCUGCAGCCCUCCGUUAAAGGAGCCAAUAAUUUUGAUGGCUUUAAAACGAAGAAUACAAACAGGAAGGCCAAGAGGAUGUCUAGGAAGGCUUCUAAGCAUGUGGAUGAGCUGCCUGCAGGCAGCAGCUCUCCACCUUCAGGCAGCACAGCUGCUCUGCCCCAUUCUGGUGGGAACGCCCCUUUAGCCUUGUUGAAGGGGCAAGAAAGCUCACGUGCAGCUCCCCUCAGCAGCAAUUCCCAUAGCAGUGAAAGUGCUGUCUCUCCAGCAAGCUGUGGAGAUGCAGCUGAAGAUCAGGUUCAUAAGCUUCGGCUUAAGCUUCUUAAAAAACUAAAAGCAAAAAAGAAGAAACUAGCUGCUCUCAUGUCUUCCCCGAACCGUGGCACCUCCGUAAGUGACCAUUCAGAGCCUGUGUCCAGUUGUGGAUCUCCAAAUGACUCUGAGUCCAUAGAAGAUCUGUUGAAUGAGCUACAGUAUCAAAUUGAUCUUGCAGACAACAAAUCAGGGUGCACCACUGCUCCUGGUGGCACCUCAUGUAACAGCCAGAGUCACGAAGAGAUUUUAGCAGAAUUGCUUUCGCCUCCAGCUCUGUCAGAGCCCUCAGCAAGUGUGGAGUCUGAGUUGAGGUACUUGGAGGUGGGGGACAGCACACCAGCACCUACUGAUUUCAGUGCUGUUUCCCAGAACAGCUCUCUGGGACAGGACCAUAACUAUUGCGGCCCCAAGAAAAACCAGUGUGAAGCUGAGCUACAGUCAGUCACGGACAGUGCCUGCAUAAGAGCCUUGAACUUGGGGAGCCCCAUGAAGACUGAUAUUUUUGAUGAUUUUUUUCCUACUUCAGCACUGAAUUCUUUAACAAAUGACACAUUAGAUAUACCUCAUUUUGAUGAAUAUCUGUUUGAGAAUUGCUGAGUAUUGUUAACGUUUUAGUUUAACACUGAUCACUGCUGCAAGAGAAUGUGACUUGUGGGUAGCGCCGGCUGAAAUGCACACCCUUGUGUUCUAGCCAUGAGGAAGCUGUAAGCUACUGAGGUCUCCUCUGGGUCUACCUGUGAAGCAUGGGACCUACUGUAAAUUAAAACCCUCAGCCUUGUUUUUGUCACUGUCACUUUGUGAUUAUAGGGUAGUAGGUUGUAUACUUGGCUCCAUUAAAUUUCCUGAUUUUAAGAUUUAUGUUGGGGCCUGGGGAGAUGCCUCAGGUGAUAAAGUACUUGCUCUGUAGGCAUGACGGCCCAGGUUCAGUUCUAGAACCACUGUGAAAGGCCAGACAUGGCAAUCAAUGCACAACUGGAGUCCCAGGUCCCAGGACCCAGGAGCUUGCUGGCCAGCCAGUUAAGCCAAAUUGAUGAGCUCCAGUUGCAGUGGAGACCCCAUCUCUAGGAAUGAGAUGGGCACUGACAUUGACCUCUGGCCUCUAAACCAUGCACGCGUAUCCACACAAACAUUUACCACAAAUAAAGUACCUUUUGAAAACUGUUUAGUUCAGGAAAGCCCUAGUUUAUACAAACGAUUUGUGGAAUGCAGCAUGUGAAUGCCUUGGCUUCUGAUCAACCCAAGCCUGAUGCUUCUGUCCUCUCUUCACUAAGGAUGAUAAGAAGCCCCAUCAUUAGAACUUGGAGUAAUGUGAAGUGAGCAGUGUGUGAUGGGUUACAGGAAGUGGUAGUCUAUGAUGCGCUUAAUGUUUAUGUUGUCUUAAAUACCGUCUUUCUUCCCAACACAGUUUCUACACAUACUAGGGUACCUGCUAAUCUUGCUGCUUUUAAGAGUAGUCAUGCUUACAAGCCAAAUUCUAUUAUAUGUGAAGUGAUAAUUUAAAAUUCAGCCAGCCCAUGAGUGAGGUGACGGUCAGUGUUUACAGAUAAGCAGAAUGUGGCUGGUAAAUUAGAUGGAUGAGUUAGAAGUAUUGAACUAGUCAUCCCCUGGCUCCAGAGUAAGUUGGUUGUUCAAAAGCUACUCUAGCUGGAUGGUGAUGGCACACACAGCACUUGGAAGGCAGAGGCAGGUGUUCGAUGCCAGCCUAGUCUAUACAGAGAAACCCUGUUUCAAGAAAACAAAAAGCAAAAGCAUCUCUAGUGAUUUGAGUUAUACUUGAGUUUUGGGUGGCUGGUGAUUGGUGGUAAAAACUUGACCAAGGGACUUUGUAUUUAUUAAUUUGUCUCUCAUAUGUAUUCCUAAGUCUUUUUUUCUCUGAUUGUAUAAAUAAUGCAUGUUCUAA